UGAGAUUUUCCGUCAUUCCAUGCUGCUCCAUUCUCAUUCAUCCCACUGUGAUCAUUCGCAAAUCGCACGUCGAAUCUGGAGCUGAUCCCGAGAUUCCCGAGCCCCCAAAUGCUCCGAUUCGAUCUCCGCCGAAGGCUAGCGAUGAACGCUUAUCUCGAAGCGUAGCUACGAGUGUAGCUUAUCACGGUGUAAUGUAGCGAGUUAUUAAUAUCUUCGUGUCCGCUCGUUUUGCUCACUCGUCAUGAUGUCGACGACCAAGAGCGAAGACAGCAAGGACGAUAAUCUAAACAGGCAAGGCUCGUUCAGGAAGCUUGUGCCGGGUAGCAGUAAUGGAGAUUCCCCAUUGAGCAUGUCUGUGAAAAUGAUCGAUCGGCCGAUCGUGUCGCAAACCAACAAGCAGCACGCUAUUUUCUUGCAGGAGUACCAAAUUCUUUCCGAGUACAAGAUGUUGUGCUCCCAAGACUUGAAGGGGAUUUACGUGAUACCAUCCGCUGUGAACUCUUUUCUGUGGUUUGGUGUACAGUUCAUUCGGCAAGGGAUCUAUAAAGGCGGAGUUUUUAGAUUCACCGUUACACUGCCACCGAACUUCCCCGUUGGAGAUUGCCCUAAAGUUGUGUUCGAAACUCAAAUCUUCCAUCCACUGAUAAAUCCAGAAAACGGACAAUUGUGCACGUCGUGGGGAUUUCCCGAAUGGAGAAGGAGCAACAGAAUUUGGCAAUUAUUACAGUAUAUCACUAAGAUAUUUAUUAAACCAGACACGAAGAUGACUCCAGUGAACGAGGAAGCGUCCAGCUUGCAGGAAAAUAAUAUUGAAGCUUUCCGAGAACGUGUGAAAGCGUGCGUAAAGGAGAGCGUGAAUCAAGUGUUUAAUUCACCUACCAUGGAUGAUCCGCAUUAUAUUACGUUCAAUCCGUACGUAAACGAACUACACGAUCCCACUAAACGAGAAAUCUACGAACCAAAAGACGAAGAAGAAAACAAGCCGUUGGGUUUGUCGUGGGUGCAACCCGGUUCGCUUCAACCAUUUUCAAAACCAGAAGCGAGAUAAUGAAGGGAUUCUAAAUGCUGGCAAUACAGUGAAACAACAUACGUCCUUAAGAGCUGUACAAAGAAAUUGUUGCUCUCUCUCUCUCUUGACAAUCGCGUGAUGCCGAUAAAGUCACAAAACUUAUUGGAAGAGCUAUUUUUCUAUUUUCAGAGAGUAUUUGUGUCUUAACAUUUUAUAUGGCUCUAUAAUAUGUGUUAAAGAGAGAGA